UUCAUUUUUACUUUUAAGUGAUCAGUUUAUUUAUUUUUGCUUAUUUUUGUCCAUUUCUAUUAUUUCCCCUCCAUAUUGCUUUUACUUAAAAAAAAUUUAUUUUAAUUUAUAUUUAUUAAUUUUAAUUCCAGUUUAAUAAUAAUAAUGAGUCGUAGAACUUCAACAACAACUCCAAAUUCCCAGGACGGCGAGCCACAAGCCCGAAGGCAGCGAAUGGAUAUUGUAAACAACGACAAUAACAGCGUGGGGCUUGAUAUUGAAGGAAUAAUUGCAGCUGAAAGGGCUAGAGCAACGGCGGUGGCGGUUCCAGCAGCAGCUCUUCAAAUUCCAAAUUUGGAUCCGAGAACUUUUUAUACGUCUAGUAACUACCUUUUCUGCGGGUGGCGCGCGACUCAUCUAUUCGAAGGACCUACAAUGCGGAGGGCUUUUGAUAGGGCGGAUUUGCUGCUGGAGGUGGGCUCCACAAAUGAUCUUCAAUCUAUUGGGAUUUAUGGUUACGAUGGUUGUGCGCAAAUUUUAGAACCUGCUCGGCAAAAUGAUAUUGUUAGACUUUCUAUGUUGACAAUUGUAGAACAAACGGGGGCUCGCAAUAACUGGACAGGAUCUCUUCCUUAUGUUUUGAGAUUCUCGAGGUCCAGUACUAUGCAAAUUAUUGGCAAUGCAAUGCCAGCAACUCCACGGGAGGAUGCAAAUGGAAACAACAGUGGAAUUAUAAGCAAUAAUAAUAAUUUCGGAAUAACUGCCAACAAUAACAUGGGAACUCCAAUGUCCAACAUGAGUGAAAGCGGGGGCGCAGGACUCCCAGUUAUUGGAUCAUCAUCAGCUCGUGGGAACCAAAUGGUUAUGAACGAUGUUAGUGGAAAUCCGGGGACAAGUGGUUCAUCGCGUGGGGGUCGUGCGAUUAGAAAUGCAAAUCUCAGCGGGGGCUCUCGUGGAUCUAGUCAGGGGGUAGAUUUAUUUUUUUUAAAAAACUUGUAA